AUGGUCAUAUGGGGAGAGGUUCAGGACAAAUCAAUCAACGAAGAGGACCUUAAUGAAUGGUGGACCCAUGAGCACCUCCCGGAGCGUCUCGCGAUACCGGGAUUUCGACGAGCUCGUCGCUACUACUCGGUAGAGAAUGCCAAAUCGCAGUACUUGGUCUGCUACGAAGUCUCCUCUCUGGACAUAUUCACCUCACCCGCGUACAUGGACGCCCUGAAUAACCCAACGUCUGGCACCCAGACAUACAUGCCCUUGAUGGCGUCAAUGAAUCGUCUCGUAUGUCGCGUGGUACAGUCUUGUUCGCGGCCCGAGCUUGGCGAGUGCUCCACGUUGGGCACAGGGGCCACGUUGGUGCUCAUUACAUUCCAGCCUCCAGCGUCGCAGAACCUGAGGGACGAGCUCGGCGGUUGGAUUGCAGAAACUAUAUGGCCUAGUCUCUCAAGCCACCAGAGUCUACUGGCCAUUCACCUUCUUCGAUACGACAGUUAUGCUUCGCAGUCAGGAAGCUCGACCAAGUCAUAUGAGAAGGUUAGCUUUCAAUCUGCAGGGACGGGUGCCAGUCCAGAGAGAUGGGUCAUCCUUGUCGAGUUGGCCGAAUCCAUAGCGGCCCCGUUUGCGAAACAUCGGGUCCUGACCCACAACAUUGUCCAUCAGCUGAAGAGAUUCGCAGCCGAGAUUGAGUCUCAGGCAUUUGGACUCAUUUAUGCGUUGGGCGAAUAG